AUGAGUUCCAGAAGCGGCUCCGCCGAUACCUUCACUCAGCGAUCUACUUCUACCGUCCGCCCCCGCCGUUUGCUUUCGUUUACAGAUGACGAUGGAGAUAGCAUUGGGCGGCAGCCUUCGUCCUCCGGUCUCUCUACGGUGCGUUCGUCGGAGUUACCCUCCCUCCGCUCGCGUGGCGCGACCCCUUCGCCUCGACCAUCUCGCACCGUUUCACCGAUUCCCAUGGGCCAUCCUUCACGAGUCACGCAGCCUCACGGCAGCUCUCGGCCCGGGAAUUCAUUAGACUUUCUAGACGCAUCCUGGUCAUCGCUGCAGGGUAUAGCGUCAUCGCUUUUAGGGAGUGAUACUACUCGUCCGACUUCAAACGGAGCCCCACGAUCUCAUGCCAGAAAACCGUCGCGUCCUGAUUACAACUCGCGAAUUCAACCCCGAACACCAUCGGCUUCGACAUGGGGUCCGUCGGGGCCGUCGACGCCUGAAAUCGGGGCCGGAACACAAGAGGACAGACAAGCGAUGGUCCAGGCGAAGAAAAUGGAGGCAUUGUUACUAGCAGACACAGAUCCGAGCUGGGAUCUUAACUCUCGGCGCAAACGGCGCGAUUCUAAUGACUGUCCGGCUAGACCAGACAUCGAUCCAGACCAGGAUGAGGAGGCGCUGGUUUACGUGCAUCAAGUACAGGCCGCAGACAGCAUCACUGGCGUCACGAUAAGAUAUGGCUGUCAGGCGGCAAUAUUCCGCAAAGCGAACGGUUUCUGGCCUAGUGAUAGCAUCCAAGGUCGAAAGACUGUUCUCCUACCAGUUGAUUGUUGUUCGGUCAAGGGUCGGCCUAUCCAACCCCCGGAAAAUAAGGAUCUUUUGCAAGAAGCUCCCAGCCGUCGGUCCAUAGAAGACCCAAGCGGGAGCUCCAUUGUCCCAGCACCUUCGCCUGCCUCUUCAAAAUUCCCAAAAGACUCAGAACGAACCAACAUUGACACGGAAGCCGACAGUGACCAGGUAUGGAAGCACGAGUCAUGGGUGCAAAUUGAUGGGUUCCCUGCGCCUGUUGAAAUUGGUCGUGUCCCUAGGCGAGCGCUUGGAUUCUUCCCCCGUACCAGGCGGAAAUCACUUUGUUAUAGCGAUACUGAACCUGUACGAGGCCGAGAGCAAGUACCGAUUAUUUCAACAGAGUCUUCGCCCAUUCAGCCAGCUUCGCCGCAACAUGACUAUCGAUCUGAUCGGCUCCACGUAGGCUCGCCCAAACCAAGAAUUCCGGGAGGCCCAAAAUCCGGCGGUGGACAUAGGCGCCAGCGAAGUGGGCUAGAGCUUUCAGGGCCGGGCGUAGGCUCUCUUGAUCGCAGUACCAAUUUACCUGGACCAGCUAUGGAUGGUCUGAGCAAGUUCUUCGCCCAACACCUACCUACCUUGGCACCAAAACAAGCACCACCGAACUUUGAGAGUCUUAGCGAAAAUUCAUCAACUGUGGCCUCCAGCAAUUCAACUAGCUUGGAUAAUAUAGGUGGUACUGUUGAAGGCUGGGUUAGAAAGAUGACUGCUCGGGCAAAGUCCAGCAUCACCGAUCUACAGCAAGGAACAUCCAACCAGCAAGAUCACGGCCUGCCUCAGGGGUCCAGAAGGAGAGGAUUCGGUGACCUGAUUGAACUUGAUGAUGGGAUGGAGCCACGGAAUUCGUCUGGUCUCCUCUCAGGGCCAAGCUGGAAGCCAGAUUCAAACCGAUCGAGCUCCAGCAUUGCUAACGGAGCAAGCCUGAGGGGGCGAUUUCCCAGCGCUUCACCCAGCACGAGCAGGACUCGUACUGGCUUCGACAGAUAUAAGGACGAUUGA